CCAAUGGGUUUUUGAGAGGGGCGGGACAAACUCGAAAAUAACGGAACCAAUAUUCCCGUAUACGGGAAAAAAACCGUAAUAAUGUAAAUGAUAAGCUGUAAUACUGUUGUGAUAAUCGAUUUCUGAUGUACAGGGAGACUAAAACAUGCUUGACAUGGAGCUGGGACUACACUAACUGAUGAGGCCGUCCGGACAGUGAGAUGUCUCUGGCUCAGAGGGUUCUGCUGACCUGGGUUUUUACCCUGGUGUUUCUAAUUAUGCUGGUGCUGAAACUGGAUGGGAAGGUGCAAUGGAACUGGUUCCUCAUCUUCCUUCCAGUCUGGAUCUUUGAUGGCAUCCUCAUCCUCAUGCUCGCCAUCAAGAUGGCGGGGCACUGCAAACCUGGGUACGACCCGCGCAACGGCUCGCCAGACCUGCGUCUGCGCACCUGGUACCUGACCGCCAUGCUGCUCAAACUGGGCUUCUGCCUGACGCUGUGCGCCAAACUGGAGAAACUGGCCGAUUUGAAGCUGACGUUUGUCUGCAUCCCGCUGUGGACCAUGCUGCUGGGCGCACUGGUUGAACUGGGGGUGAACAUUUUUCCUGAAAGACGAGAGGCUUGAAACAAUCUUAUGUUGUAGUCCCAACACUUUCUAUAGUAGCGGGGGUA